GGGGGCGUGAGCCACACAGCAUAUAAAAGGAAGCGGGGAAGGACCGGAUGACUCUCCUGGUGCAGGAGCACUUGCGAAGAAGGCAAGAAGGAGAAGAAGGCAAGAAGGCACCGAGAGUUUGUCAAGGAGACGAGGCACUAAGCAGCAGAGACCACAGCCCCCAGCUCUGACUCGGUGAAGGCCGAUGGCUAAGGCCCACAGUUCUUGCCCCUAUUGGAAGCCCAAGAUGUCUCCUCCCCAACAACAACCAAAAAAGGAAACAAAUUUCUUCCAGCCGCAGCCGCCACCAUCUGGAGAGGCAACAGGACACACGAUGUCUUCCCAAAAGCAUCAGGUAGGGGGACAGGACCCAGGUGACCUCACCAAAAUGCUCCACUUCCUGACCCUGCAGCAGCCGGAAGGAAGCAGGGCCCAACAGAAGACAAAGGGCCCCGAGCACAGGCUGGCCAGCCAGUAUGAGGAGAAGGUGCGCCCCUGCAUCGACCUCAUCGACUCCCUGCGGGCCCUGGGUGUGGAGCAGGACCUGGCCCUGCCCGCCAUCGCCGUCAUCGGGGACCAGAGCUCAGGCAAGAGCUCCGUGCUGGAGGCUCUUUCGGGGGUCGCCCUCCCCAGAGGCAGCGGGAUCGUAACCAGGUGCCCGCUCGUGCUGAAGCUGAAGAGGCAACUGCAGGAGAGCGCGUGGAAGGGUCGGAUCAGCUACGGCACCAGGGAGGUCCAGCUCCAGGACCCCUCCCAGGUGGAGAAGGAGAUCCUCAAAGCCCAGAACACCUUAGCCGGGAACGGAGUCAGCAUCAGCCAUGAGCUCAUCAGCGUGGACAUCACCUCCCCCGAGGUUCCGGACCUGACCCUUAUUGACCUCCCCGGCAUCACCAGGGUGCCUGUGGGAAACCAGCCCCAGGACAUCGGGCUGCAGAUCAAGGCACUCAUCAAGAAGUACAUUCAGAGGCAGGAGACAAUCAACUUGGUGGUGGUCCCCUGCAACGUGGACAUCGCCACGACAGAGGCGUUGAGCAUGGCUCAGGAGGUGGACCCCAGAGGAGACAGGACCAUAGGAGUCCUGACCAAACCGGAUCUCGUGGACAAGGGUGCGGAACCCACGGUCAUGAAAGUGGCUCAGAACCUCACGUACCAUCUGCAGAAGGGCUACAUGAUGGUGCGGUGCCGGGGCCAGGAGGAGAUCACCAACAGGCUGAGCCUGGCCGAGGCCACCAGGAAGGAAACGAUGUUCUUCCAGAAACACCCGCAUUUCAGAGCUCUCCUGCAGGAGGGAAACGCUACGGUGCCCUGUCUGGCGGAAAGACUGACCAACGAGCUCAUCUUGCACAUCAAUAAAUCACUCCCGCUGCUAGAGGAGCAAAUACGGGAGAGCCACCAGAGGGCCACCGAGGAGCUGCACCAGUGCGGAGACGACACCCCCAGCAACGAGGCCGACAGGAUGUUCUUCCUGAUCGAGAAAAUCAAGAUGUUUAAUCAGGACAUUGAGAAGCUAACAGAGGGAGAAGAAGUCGUCAAGGAGAAAGAGACCCGCUUAUUUAACAAAAUCAGGGAGGAGUUUGAGAACUGGGUGCUCGUACUCACAGCCAAUAUCCAAAAAGUUAAAAAUAUUAUUCACGAAAAAGUCUCAAUAUACGAGAAGCAGUAUCGCGGCAAGGAGCUUCUCGGCUUUGUCAACUACAAGACGUUCCAGACCAUAGUGCACCAGUACCUAGAACAGCUGGUCGACCCCGCACUCGCCCUGCUCCAGAAGGCCGUCGAAAUCGUCCGGCAAACGUUCUCCGACACAGCCAAGAAGCAUUUUAGUGGAUUUUCCAACCUUAAUCAAAGAGCCCAGAACAAGAUUGAAGACUUAAAAACGAGACAAGCAGAAAUAGCAGAAAAUCUGAUCCAGCUUCAGUUCCGAAUGGAGCAGCUGGUGUACUGCCAAGAUGAGAUUUACAGCAUGGUUCUGAACCAAGUCCGGAAAGAGGUUUUCAACCCAAUGGGAAAGCCCAUGCAGGAUCAUGAGUUGAAAGUGUCUUUCUCAAAAGAUACGUCUUCGAUGUCAUCCAUCACUGAAAUUGGGGUGCACCUGAAUGCAUAUUUCUGGGAAACCAGCAAACGUCUGGCCAACCAGAUCCCAUUCAUAAUUCAGUAUUUCAUACUCCAGGAGAAUGGCAGUUGCCUACAGAAAGCCAUGAUGCAGGUCCUACAGGAGAGGGAGAACUACUCCUGGCUGCUUCAAGAGCAGAGCGACAUCGCUGCCAAGAGGAGGUUCCUUAAGGAUAAAAUUUACCGGCUGUCUCAGGCGCAGCGCACGCUCUAUAAUUUCUACGGUUAAAGGGGGCGCGUCUGUGGAGGGGCACGAUGCUUCGGGAUUUUCUCUUCUGUGCAUUCACGUUAAGGAGAGGCGAGAGGUGGCCCCUUACUUGGAACCAAGCUUUUCUGCUGCCUCUCUGUGUCCACCUUCUCUGUACUGCGCUUGCGCUCAGCCCAGAGUUUGUAUCUAAAGUCCGCACUCACUCGGAGCUGUCACCUCUGCCAGGAGGUCCUCUCUGAUCUCCCCAAAGAGGUGGCUCUCCAGCCCCACACCCCCUGGUCACAGCAUUGUCAACUACUGGUCUCUUUCUUUGUUAGGUUGUAAGGUCCCAGAGGGGGGAGGUCAGGAUCAUAUUCUUCUGUAUUUCCAGAAUCUUGAACGGCACAGGCUACACUCUAGUCCCUUAAUACACAAUCCGUCACUGAACACGUGAAUGAGGAAGCCUCCCAGGCGCUACGGCUUGAAUCCAGACUUGGGUGGUUUCAGAUGGUGUCCCUUGGCUGGCCGCCCUCAGAGCAAUGCAGCCAUGCCACCUGCUUCCCGGGGUUGACCGACUGGAGCCGUGUUCCCAGCCCCCCAAGGGAAAAAAGCUCAAAUGAUACCAGUUCUAAUGUAUGUGGUUUCCUGGCUCCGGGAAGCCCCGUGGCCGCGUGAAGUCUUGAAGAGAAGAUUAGUAAGGAGAAACAGUUUUUAAAGAGUGUAUUUGUUUAUUUGACACAGAGAAAGAGAAAGAGAAAGCAGGGUGAGCAGGAGAGGGAGACGCAGACUCCCCAC